AUGUGGCUGCUGUUACUGCUGCCAGUGUUCGUGGCGGCAGCAGCAAUGCGAGAACUCGUCUAUGUCGGCCAAGUCUAUCAAAAGCCGCUAUCACAAAAGACAGUGGUCAGCGCUGCGGGUGGAUUACCAGCAUGGUUACUCGUCCGCGAUGGAGUUCUGCAGGGAAUUCCAACUAAAGAUGAUGUGGGGAAACAUACACUAAAGAUCUCAACACAAUCAAAGCCGGUGUCGGUACUUGAACUAAUCGUCAAGGAAGACAAUCGUAAUCCAUGCGGAAGUGAGGACACCUACUGGGUCGAAGCCUUAUAUGAAGAAGAUGGACCGGUUGAGGAUCGCCUUGAUGCCGCCUUGGAUGUGGCUGAAGCUCUAAAAGUUGAUGUUUCUGAGCUGAAGGUUUUAUCCUAUAAUUAUUCCCGAACGAUACGAAGUGUAGAAGCCAUAGGAGGUGAUGAAGUGGCUGCAUAUACUGUAAUGAAAAAGGUAGCCUGUGGGGAUGAUCUUGAAACAGCAGCCAGCGAAAUGGAUGCAUUCCUUACAGCUGUAGAAAGUAUCGAAUACGAUUAUGUAGUGGUAAGUUUCCGACUUUAA